GACAUCAGGGUGGAGUUUGUCUUCAGAUGAUGUCUGAAUGAAAACGCAAGUAUCUACACAUUCAAGAGAAACAGAGACGGAGAGCUUGCCUGCGACGUCCUCAGACAGCUGGACAGAAGCUCACACUGACUCCACAGAAGCCACACGUCUUCUCCACUGUGAUCAUGCCAUCAAAAACGCACGCGGCCACAGCAAACGAGAGCAUCACUGUACAAACUGAGGAGCAGAACGUGGAUCUGAGACACAAGCAUCAUGUUAAAGAUCGGCGUGAGCCAGACUUUGAUGGGUGGAAGGAAACCAUAGCCCAGACAUCAUUACCCAGAAACCUCAGAUUUGCAUAUCAUCAAACUCAGAAGGUGCAGGGUGUUUUCACCACAGAGGUCAUUCCUGCAGGGACCCGAUGCCCGCUGCUCGAGAAAACUCUUCACCCUGAAGAUACGACUGCAAACAUCCACGGAAAACACAUCUGGACGAUCUUCUCAGAGGGGCGAUUGCAUCACUUCCUGUCUUGCGAGGAUGAGGGUGGCAGCAACUGGAUGCGCUUUGUAAACUAUGCCCCGUCUCCUUGGCAGCAGAAUCUCGCCCCAUUCCAAAUUGGAAUGCACAUUUACUUCUGUGCCAUGAAGCUUCUGAUGCCGGGGGAGGAGCUGCUGGUGGGGCGGAGCUUAGAAUGCGAGCACCCAAUGAACGCCAGCUUCAGAACUGCCCGUCCAAAACAGACACUUCCCACACACUCUUAUUCUCAGGGUAAAAAUCAUGUGAGGUGGAGAAAGCGAGGUCACACGGUUACUGAAAUCCUGGAUCUGGAUCGCAGGACUGAUCAUCAAAAAGUGACCAGAGACCAGCAGAAUCCAAAAUUUCCUUCAUUUUUAAUGAUUAAUGCCAUCUCUGGUGUAGGGAGGCAUGUAUACACCUCUGCUAUCCCACAAUCCUCUAUGCCAAUGUAUAUAUGGCCUGUUAUUCAAUACAUGCCGUCACAUCAGCCAGUCCCAUCAUCACUACACAUGUCCCAUCAUAUUCCACUAAUCCACAUGCAUCCAUCUCUCUUGCAUCCAACAUCCAAUGAGAAUCAUUCGGCAUUAGCGCUGACCAAUAGAGGAGACCCCAAAUUUAAAAUGACAGACGCUGUAAAGAGAGAAAUGAAUCCUAAAGACAGUAUCAAAGCAAGUGAUCUGUCUCUGGCUGAAGUGUCCCGUACUGAUGACAUCAUAGCCCAGAGAGCAUUACCUGAGGUGGGAGUGGCUUCCUCAAAUGGCCCCGCCUCCGCCCGUCACAGCACAGAGUCUCAGGCUGGCCAAAAGCGACUUGUAGGUUACAAGUCUUUACCGUAUCCAUUACAGAGACAGAAUGGAAAGAUCCAGUAUAAGUGUAACGUGUGCGGAAAGAACUUCAGUCAGCUGUCCAAUCUCAAGGUGCACCUGAGGGUUCACAGCGGUGAGAAACCCUACAAGUGCAACAUCUGCAAGAGGAGCUUUUCCCAGCUGGCUCACCUUCAAAAGCACAUCCAGGUUCAUACAGGAGAGAAACCACACGAAUGCCACGUGUGUAACAGGCGUUUCAGCAGCUGCAGUAACCUGAAGACUCACCUGCGGCUGCACUCGGGCGAGCGGCCGUACGUCUGCCAGCAGUGCCCGGCCAGCUUCACCCAGCACAUGCACCUGCGGCUGCACAGACGCCUGCACGCUGCCCCACACUCGCACCGCUGCCCGCGCUGCUCCCGCAGCUACACACACCUGUGCAGCCUCCGGAUCCACCUGCGCCAGUUCUGCCCCGCCUCCAGCAUCGCAGGCUCCGCCUCUCAGCUGCGCCGAGCCAACGACGAGAUCCAGAGGUUUGACCUGACUGAAGGUGCAGCCAAGCUUGAGGCCGGCUUGGAGGCGCAGUCUAUAAAGAAGAUGUGUCAGGUGAUCUGGGCGGCUGCAGCUCCACCCGUCGACCAACAGGGAGCAGCACAGGCCCAAACAAAGACACCUGAUUCAUCCAGCUCUCUUUCUUCGGAGGUUAGAGCCCCGCACGGGCCUCAAAUUUAGGCCCUAGCCCAGCCCUGGCCCAAAGCACUUUGGCCCUAGUUGGCCCGUGUCCAACAGUUUAUCAGAAUUACUGACCCUUUUUAUUUUUCACCCUAAUACCAAAAUGCCUUACACAGCUGUUUCAGCUAUUGAAAUAGGUCUGUUUUGAGAGUAAUGGCAAAAUGAUUAUAUUUUUAUGACCAAGCGACCAGCAGCAGACAGUGAUGCAUUCAAACUAUGAAUGAUCCAUUUAGCCUUCUCAAAUCAUCACGACUUGCUUGUAUUUUUAGCCUUCACCAUAAUGUUUUUGAUAAAGGUAAAGAGUCAUUCUGAACUGUAAAGGGUCUACUUUUAUUUGUGUGCACUGAGAAUAUCAGCAAAAUAUGAUUUCAUAGAAUAAAAACAGGAGCGCUUCACAAAAAUUAACCUUAAUCCAUCAAAAAAGACAUGAUAAUUAUAUCUAUAGAAAGCUUUAAAUUAUCACUUAACUAAAUAAAAAAAAUAGAAAACAAUUUUUUUCAUCACUAAUUGAUGGAUGUCUAAAAUAUAAAAAUAAGGAGGAGCCUAAAACAGGCCCGAACCCUAGUCUGAACUAUGAUCUGAAAAUGGUCUGAUAUUAUUUUUUAUUUAAAUUAACACUUUUAUUCAGCAAGAACCCAUUUAUCUAAAAAUAACAGUAAAGGCAUUUAUAAUGUAACAUAACUGACGUAAUAAGUAAAUUUAGCUUUGCAUCACAGGAAUAAAUGGCAUUUUAAAAUAUAUUCAAACAGAAAUUGCAGUAACAUUUCACAAUAUUGCACUUUUUUAUUGUAUUUCCGUUCAAAUACAUGCCUCUGUGAGCUUAAAAACUCUUAAGGAUUUUACUGAUCCAAAACUUUUGAAUGGUAGUGUGUGCUGGUAUGUUAUACGAAUAGCAUUUAAAUGCACAGUACUAAAAGUUGCAGUCAUUCGUUUUGUUUGUUAUUAAUAAACAUGUUAUAUAAAGUAGUAAACAUCUGAAGUGGAUUAAAAUCGUUCAUCUAAGUUGUCCUAAAACUACAAUGCAUUCUUUUCCUUGGACACCUUUGAUACAAUUUUUGUGAUCCACUGAAAUUGUAGUUUUAAGGGGAGAUCAGGAUUAGUUGUCAAAUUUUUGUAUAGCAACAACUGAGCAGAGUAAAUUCAAGCAAACAAGCACCAGACAAGAGUCAACUGGAUAAGAGUAUUUUCAUUAACAUCACAUAGCUGAAAGCUGGCAUUUGUUUCAUAAGUAAUACCUGUACAUAAUUUAUUAAUGCAAUUUCCGUUGCCUUAAAGAGUGGUUUUGUUUUGUUUUGUUUUGUGUUUAUGCUUUUUUCAUUUUUACUAUUUCAUGAUUUUUUGUUUAAUUCUUCUU